GCAAACCAUGGACUCUAACUCUCCUAUCUAUCUAGACCAAGCACCAUCAGCUUCUGUUACAUGCUCGCGGCGCAAUGACAGCUAAGAAGGCAGCGGAAGAAGAAAAGGAUAAAAUUGAAAAGGAGCUUAAUGAACUCAAGUCCAAACAAAGUCAAGGAGCAGCAGCUGGUAUAUCCGAUGAAGAAUCACAAAAGCUGAAAGAAGAGAAGGACGCGGCUGAAGCCAGUCUUGCCCGCCUCAAGGUUAAGCUGUCCAUGUUGGAGAACAAGAACAAAAAGCUUGAAGAAAAACUUGGAGCUACCACUGUGACCCGCACUCCGCUUACUUCCACUAGCAAUGAUAGUAGCGUAGCUGUUACUUAUUCAGGAGAGAAACGGGAAGCAGAACAGAUUGUUCAAGAACCAGCAGCCAAGAAACAACAUACAGAAUGAACAACCUCUUCUGUUUGACUUUUCUUGAUUUUGUAAAUA